AUGGUGAAGUCCCAGACCCGUGGAGCAGAAGCCGAGAAGCCACAGGCCAUCAGCAGUGGUGCCACUGCAGUGAGGGUGGCCCAGGGACUCUGGCCUCAGAGAACUGAGGUCCGGAGCACAGAGGAGGAAGACCACAAGCUGGCCCAGUGGAUGGACAAAGGCUACCUGGGGGCCGAGGCUGAGGCCGAGGCCGAGGCUGAGGAGUGGGAGCCCGAGUCGGUGCUGGGCACCCUGCUCCAGAAGCUGCGGGAAGAAGGCUACCUGGCCUACUACCUACAGGGUGGCUUCAGCAGAUUCCAGGCUGAGUGCCCUCAGCUGUGCGAAAGCAGCCUCAGUAGCCGUGGUGGAGCCAGCAUGGCCAUGGUGCCCAGCCCAGUGGUGGGGCUGGGCAACCUGUGCCUGGGUUCUGACUGCUCCGACGGGGAAUCCGAACCUGACCGAGACUCCCUGAGCUGCAGCCUGGAUUCCGAGGGUGCCACGCCCCCCCCAUCGGGGCUGAUACCAUCCUUCCCGGUCCAGAUCCUGCCCAACCUCUACCUGGGUUGUGCCCGAGAUUCGGCCAACGUGGAGAGCCUGGCCAAGCUAGGCAUCCGCUACAUCCUCAAUGUCACCCCCAACCUCCCUAACCUCUUUGAGAAGAAUGGCGACUUUCACUACAAGCAGAUUCCCAUCUCGGACCACUGGAGCCAGAACUUGUCCCAGUUCUUUCCUGAGGCCAUCGCGUUCAUUGAUGAAGCCUUGGGCCAGAACUGCGGGGUGCUUGUCCACUGCCUGGCGGGCGUCAGCCGCUCCGUCACCGUCACCGUGGCCUACCUCAUGCAGAAGCUCCACCUCUCCCUCAACGAUGCCUACGACCUGGUCAAGCGCAAGAAGUCCAACAUCUCGCCCAACUUCAACUUCAUGGGGCAGCUGCUGGACUUCGAGCGCAGCCUGCGGCUGGAGGAGCGCCGAAGGGCGCACGCCUGCUCCGGCCACCUCAUUUGCCGCCAGAGACCUGCUCGCAGUCCCAUCCCUGUCCCCAAACGGCUGCUUCUGGGGAGGGGCUCGCCACCACCACCAGUGCAGUCACCUCCCGGCUUCUCUGCCCGGGGCUUCCCAGGGGAUGUGGACUCAGAGGUGCAGCAGCCACCCGGCGGCCACGGGGACAGCCCGCCUCUGGAUGGCUCCUUGCUGGGCAGCACCGCUGGGGAGAUCACCGGCCUGAGAGCCAUUGGGAGGGUUCCCAGCCGCACAUCUGGCGCCCUGACUGUUUAUCCACUUGACAUUUGA